UGUUUACAUUAGUGUACCCCGGUAUGUGUGUAGCAGACGCAAGCCUGUUACUGUAGAAGGCACGUUCAGUUGAAUACAUUUUUAUCGAAGAUAUAAAAGGCCCUGACAUGUUCCGGCGUGCAGCGGGGAAGACCCUGGGGUUCGUGGGCUUCGCCAUCCAGUACGGCUGCGUGGCGCACUGCGCCUUCGAGUACAUCGGGGAGCUAGUGGCGUGUUCCGGGCCCUCGAUGGAACCCACCAUCACCAGCCGUGACGUGGUGUUCUCCGAACGACUCAGCCGCCAUUUCUACAGGAUCGAAAAGGGGGAUAUCGUAAUUGCAAAAAGUCCCUUUGAUCCAAAGAUGAAUGUCUGCAAAAGAGUAAUUGGAUUAGAGGGAGACAAAGUCUGCACCAGCGGUCCGUCGGAUGUCUUCAAAACCCACACUUACGUUCCGAAAGGGCACGUAUGGCUGGAGGGAGACAACCUCAGGAACUCCACGGACUCCAGGAGCUACGGCCCAGUUCCUUACGCCCUCAUUCGGGGAAGAGUUUGCUUAAAGUUGUGGCCUCCACAUGAUUUUGGCGCUUUGAACAAAAGUCCAAAUGGAAGAAUUGUAAAAAGCUGACCGUUCUUUUGUUCUGUAAAUAAAUACACAAGAUUUUGUAAUGAACGUUUUUAAAUAAAUGCUUAUUUAUACUUAA